AUGCCCUCAUUUGAGCUCCAUGUUUGGGGCCCGGCCUUUGGCCUCCCCUCUAUCGACGCAGAGUGUAUCGCCGCCAUUGCCUACCUGCACAAGGCUCUUCCCAGCGCAGAAUGGACUCUCAUUCCCAGUAGCGACCCCUCCGUCACUGCAGCUCAUCGCCUCCCUGCUCUUCACUCAACGGUCACAGACACGUGGUCUUCCGGCUAUGCUGCCAUUGCCGCCCAGCUCGCCCAAACGCCCUACUCUCUAGACGCAUCUCUCACGCCCGCGCAGGCAGCUGAUGUGGCAGCUUACUCCUCCUACCUCACCACACGCCUGGCACCUCUCCUCGACAUAUCACUACACGCCCUGCCGAGGAACUGGGCCCAGACGACCCGACCCGCCUACAGCACCAUCCUGCCGUUCCCCUUAACCUGGACCCUGCCCACGGCCCUUCACGCCGCCGCUCUCGACCGUUCCGCCCCGUACCUCGCCGGCCUGACGCUGCCCGACGAAGACAGCGACGACAAGGAGACGACGAGCGCCCUCGACGCCGCUCUGAAGCACAUCCCGGCGCCGCGCAAGAAAUCCCCCCUCGAAGACCUCGCACCCACAGAAGCGGCCACCAUCCGCCUGCACGCCCUCGCCCUCGACGCCCUCGCCCCACUCAACGCCCUACGCGCCGAGGGCGAGGAAUCCCCAGGCACAAGACUCCGUCUCUCGCCUUGUCCUUCGUCUUCGGCCGACCCAGACACGGCCCCCACGUCCCUCGACUGCCUCGCACUCGGCUAUCUCGCUCUCAUCCGCCGCGCCCCCGUCCCCCACGACUUCCUACGCAAGGCCCUCGAGGCCAACUUCCCGACCCUCGCCCGCAUGACCGCCGACCUCGCCGAGACGUGCCUCACCGCCCCGGGCCCCCUGCCAUGGGCCCCCGACAGCGCCACGCCGACCGUCGCCCGGACCCUCUCGCGCUUCGCCGCCGACGUGCUGCGCGUCACGCCCGUCGCGGGUCCGUACUUCGUCGGCGAGGCGCGUCGGCGCGCCGAGGACCCCGAGAGCGGUGCCGCCGUCGUCGCGGCGCGGGCGCUGGGCCUGCUCGCCCUCGGCUCGGCCGUCGCAUACGGCGCGUGGACCUACCGCGGCAUGGCGCCGUUUGGGCUCAAGAAGCAGGCGUGGGCGCGGCCGGCGGGGGGUCGGCUCGGUCAUUUCGGCGCGCUGGGCGCCAUGCUGGACUUUUCGCUCGGCGGCGCGCCGGACGCGUGGUCGCAGGGUGGGGGGGCUUCGCAUGCGAUUGUCGAGGCCGAGGUCGACGUCGAGUAG